AACAAAAAUUUGUUCUCUUUUGAAAUGUUUACACUCACCACCACCUCAUUAUCAUAUCACUCUAUCAAUAGUAUAGAACAUCCUUCACUCGUUUAUUUUGUGGCAACCAAAACAACAAUGGAAGUGGAAGUGAAGCUCCGCCUCCCAGACGCGUCCACACACCAAAAGCUCUCCGACCUCCUCUCACCCUUCCACCUCCAAACCCUAAUCCAAGAGAACAUCUUCUUCGACGGCUCCAACUCCGAGCUCUCCUCCAACCGCGCCGUCCUCCGCCUGCGCUUCUACGACGUCGCUUCCCGCUGCGUCCUCUCCCUCAAGGCCAAGCCCGUUAUCUCCGACGGCGUCAGCCGCGUCUCAGAACUCGAAGAGCCAUUCGACCCCGUCCUCGGACGCGCGUGCGUGGCCGAGCCAUGGCGCCUCCUGGGUGUCAGUUCCUCCACUCUCCUAAAGCGCGUGAGAGAGGAGUUCGGGGUCGGAGAGCAAGGGUUUGUGUGCUUGGGUGGGUUUAGAAAUGUGAGGAGCGUGUACGAGUGGAAGGGGUUGAAGCUAGAGUUGGACGAGAGCAACUUCGAUUUCGGGACGUGUUAUGAGUUGGAGUGUGAGAGCUUGAACCCUGAGAAGGAUAAGAAGGUUCUAGAGGGGUUCUUGGAGGAGAAUGGGAUAAGGUACAAGUACUCGGAUGUUUCCAAGUUUGGGGUUUUUAAGUCCGGCAAGUUGCCGGAAUGAGAGUUUGUAAUUUUGAUGAUAACUAGUGUUUGAAUUAUAUGAGUUCUGUUUUGUGUAAGAUGCAAAGUUGAUGGAUGGUGCGUUAAUUCUGAGCAUGAAAUUUGGAUACGAGGCCGUGGAGUUGGGUGAAGCAUUGUUCAUUGUUCAUUUUAAUGGUAGAAAACCAAGAUGCAGGCCAGCUUGUCGAGGAUGAACAGAAAGAACAACAUGUGCUGGCUUGCACCUUAGUUUUCCUGUUCGAUGUUGAUAUCUCAUUAGGCUAGCUAAGGCCAAGUAUACUUGGUCAUUGUCAGCCAAGUUUCAGUUUAAUUCAUUUCUUUGCAGGCUCAAAA